UCGAUAUUCAGGGUUGUGUUGCGAGCAUUUUUGCAUGUUGAAAACGCCGAAAAUUAGUUUUUGGUUUUGUUUAUAAAAAUAGCUCCGAAAUGGCGGCAGGUCCAAUUGCUGAACGCAACCAAGAUGCCACCAUCUAUGCCGGCGGUCUUGACGACAAGGUGUCGGAAACGCUGCUUUGGGAGCUGUUUGUCCAGGCAGGACCAGUGGUGAACGUACACAUGCCCAAGGAUCGUGUCACCCAAAUGCACCAGGGCUAUGGAUUCGUCGAGUUCCUCAGCGAGGAAGACGCCGACUAUGGAAUAAAGAUCAUGAACAUGAUCAAGCUUUACGGCAAGCCCAUUCGCGUGAACAAGGCGUCGGCGCAUCAGAAGAACCUGGACGUCGGCGCCAACAUCUUCAUUGGCAACCUAGACGUGGAAGUGGACGAGAAGCUGCUGUACGAUACGUUCUCCGCCUUCGGCGUUAUACUGCAGACGCCGAAGAUCAUGCGAGACCCAGAGACGGGCAAGUCUAAGAGCUUUGCGUUCAUCAACUUUGCCAGCUUCGAGGCCAGCGAUGCGGCCAUGGACGCCAUGAACGGCCAGUACCUGUGCAACCGUCCCAUUUCCGUGUCCUAUGCCUUCAAGAAGGAUCACAAGGGCGAGCGUCACGGUUCGGCUGCGGAGCGCCUGUUGGCCGCCCAGAAUCCAUCGACCCAUGCAGACCGGCCGCAUCAAUUGUUCGCCGAUGCACCGGUGCAAACCAUGAUGCCCCAGAUGCCGGGCCAGAUCCCGGCCCAGAUGCCGGGCCAGAUGAUGCCGCCACCCAUGAUGGCGCCGCCGCCGCCGGUGGUGCCCGUUUCGAAUAACAAUAUGGGCAUGCUAGCACCGCCGCCGCCCGUUCCCCAGCCUGCACCGUUCCCAGCUACGAUACCGCCGCCUCCGUUGCCACCGAUGACCGGCGGACAGCCGCCGCUGCCGCCAGCAAUGGGCAUUCCGCCGCCGCCUCGCAUGAUGCAACCAAAUGCAUGGGCACCGCCCGGCAUGCCUGCUCCUCCGCCCAGACCACCGCCCACCAACUGGCGUCCGCCGCCCGUGCCCUUCCCACCCACGCCCUACGCACGGCCCUAUCAACCCGACGGCUACCAGUACUAAGUCUAGCGUGUAGUGUAUACCAAUUUGGACGAGACGAGAAAUAAACAUCAAUAGGAUUCAUCAAUGAAGCCUGCUCUGGGAUAUGUUAAGAUUUCCAUUCUUCUUUCUAAUAUGCAUUUAACAACCGGGAAACCACUGGGAGACAUUUAGAUCAUCAUUGUAUUUCCAUUUAGUAGUCGCAAUACAAUCUUCGAAUUCUUACAAGACGAAAUUAAAUAACUUUGAAUAGAAUUUUGAAAUGAACGAAAUGAUUUGAUAUAAAUUGACUCUCGAUUCUUGAUUUUUUUUUAAACGGAACUAUUUUCAAUAAACAUAAAACGUUUACAUUAACAAGUCUGUAAGUUUAAUUUGAAUGGAACAUACGAAGAAAGCGAUAAUUUUUUUUUGUAAUUUAACUAAGUAUUUUUAAAGGGCUCCCUCUAAUUUAAUGUCCAAUCCUUUGAAGUUAUGUAUAGAAACUAGCUUGUAGUUCAAAAUAAACUGAGGAAUGAUUUUCCAUUUAUUGAAAUG